AUGCACCGCCGCCUGCUCCAGCGCUCGUGGCAGCAGCGCAGCGCGUCUUCCUGCGCGUCUCCUGCUGCGACCAGACGCGCGCGGCCGGUCGGAGUUGCUCCUGCGAUAGUACCUGCAAGUGACCUGCUCAAGUUUGGCCGUGCUGCGUCUACGCUGCGCGAACGCAGUGCGGCGCCAGCUCAUGGACGACGGCGCGUUCCCCAGACGCAAGUACUGGACGAUCUAGCGACGUUGCUGCAGGAAGUUAAGCGCAAUGGUGGGGCCACGUUUGAGCCCAGUACGGAUUUUAUCGGUCGCGUGGGUGCGCUGCUGCAAGUGUGCAAGUCGAAGGAGCAGUGCACGGCCGCUCUCCCGCUGUGUCUGCUUGUCCAACGCUUUGCGCGUACGCACAGUAAAGCAGCGAUGGAGUGUAUCCGGAUCUUUCGGAAAGUAGGACACAAUCAAGACGCUGUCGCGCUGGCGGAGAAGCUGAUGCAGCAGGACGUGUUUCUGCUGAACCACGCGCUUGCGAGUGCGAUCCAAGCGUGUGCCGCGCUGAGGAAAGUCGAUACCGGCUACUGGCUCUUCCACACCGCGAAAGAACGUGGCUCGAUCCCGAAUCUGGCCGUGUACUCGGCUGUGCUGACGGUCGCGGGCGUGGCCGGUGACACGCAGCAAGUUCAGACGGUGCUGGACCAGAUGGACGUGGCUGGUGUCGAGAUGACCAACAUUACGUUUCAUAACUUGAUGAGUGCGUUUGCGCGGGGAGGGCACACGAAGGAGACGCUGGCGCUUUUUGCAACGAUGCAGGAGAAGGGCAUUGCUGCAGAUGAUCACACGUACGCGAUCUUGAUGGACGCACACGUGGAGAGUGGCGAUUUCGAAAGUGCCAAGACACUGAUGGACGACAUGAAGCAGACGGCGGUGCAGCCGAAACUUGUGCACUACAAUGUAUUGCUGAAAGGAUGCGGCAAGGUGAGCAACUUGACGUUUGCUUUCCAUCUGUACGAGGAGAUGAAGGAACGUGCAAUCCGACCGGACCUUGUGACGUUUAUCACUAUGAUGCACGCUGUGUAUCACGGCGAGCUGGGUACAGUGGAUCAACAGAAGGUGAAGGCGGCUCUAGCGGGUCUGGGCCUAAUGGGAGUCGCGUUCGUUCCGUUCAUCAACUACGAAGAGUACAUGCUGACGACGCUGUUCUGCGGCAGUCUCGUGGGCUCCAUGGGGCUGGCUGCGUACAUGAAUCCAGAUGGCGUUAUGCGUGCACUGUACCCGAACACGGACGAACCUCGUAACGACACCAUCAUUGAAGCGUUCUUUCGACGGCUGCGCGAAGAGGACCACUGCGGCAGGUCGAUGUAUUUGUGGCGUGAAAUGCUGAAAUUCAACGUCCGUGCGGACCCGCGUGUGUACGAUAUACUCGUGCGUACCUGUGUGCGCAAGCGCCACCCUGAUCUGGCCUAUGAGGCACUUUUUGAAGAGAAGUUACCGCUUGUCGACAAGGAGGGUGUGUUUGUUCUCGCGCUUCCCACGACGUUGAAUCUACUGCACUCUCUUUUGGCGCAGAAGCGGACGAAUAUGGCAGACACUCUGUACGAAGCUGCCCGAAGCCACAACGUCUUCCACAAAGUGUUUGCGGAGAAGGGCAACACAUAUGUGUACGACAUGCGCUCGUUCUUGAACGAGCAAGUACGUAGCUACGCGAUAAUCAAGCUGAUGGAUGAGUUGCGGGCGAAAGUGGACGCGUCCAAUGGCGAUUUUGUUGCUCCGAACGUCCAGGUGUUGGUGCAGCAUGGAUACGAGCUACUUGACCGUCUGGACGCAGACAAUGCGAGUCUCCGCACGCUGUUUUCGAUGGAUGACAUGGCACGUGUUGGCGCUCUCGCGGACGAUACAACGACGGCGCACUACUACUUUCGGCUGACUGUGCCCGCGAAGCGCCUGCGAACAUACUUUAGGACUACGCCUGCUACUGCAGGCAAGGAGCCACAACUCUGA